AUGGAGUCCAAUAGUCAAAACUGGGCAGCCAAAACAUGGAAUACGUUGACAAUCCGAUUGAAGCAUUGCAAAAUCAAGCCUGUCAAACUAGGUCGUCCCCUAUCUGAGCUAUCCGACUUCAAGCCACUUGGACGUCCAUCAUCCAAGGCCUCUUCCCGUCCCAAUAGUGUGAUAUUCCAAAACAGUAGUGCAUUGGAAACCUGA